AUGGAAGAUCUCAGGCAUACAUCUUCUGGACUCUCCGGUGAUCGCCAGGGUGAGGACACCCAUCGCGCAUCGCGUCCAUCUCACCGCGAACGAGAGCGGGAGAGAGACUGGCACGAUCGAUCUCACAGCGAGAGGCAUCGCAAGUCGGAUCCUGAGCGCAAGCGUGGGCAUCAUCGGGAGGACGAGAGGAGGCAUGACUACGACAAAGACGAACGGAGAGAUGUCAAAUCGUCUCGACAUGAUCAUUCCUCGCGCUCUCAUCGUGACACUAAACGUCAUGAAGAGGACGGAAAAGAGCGCAGAGAGCGGAAACGUAGGAGGCGAGAGGAAGAGAGGCAAGGAGACCAGCAUAGGCGGGAAAGCGGGAAAAGGGAUGGGCAUUCUAAGAGCGUCAUAGUGGAUGACGAUCCAAACUUUCAGGAUGAAGCUCCUGCAACGAGUGCUGGCGCAAGCGCAGCCGAGGUGAGUGAUGAAGAUCUGAGAAAUUGUGUCCGCAAUCUGCUCGCCAAGAGUGUCUGAGCUGAGGGUGCCACAACGACCCUGAUCGCAACUAGGCUGCAACCCAUGCGAUUCCCACCUCUGGGUCACUCGCUUUGAAGAGCGGCAUGCUCCCCUCUGAGCAAUCUACGGCUGAGGGAGCGACUGUCGCUACUCACGAUGCAAGCUCAACCACCGCUUCAGCGCCAAGGCACCAACGUCGAGAUCCGCUGACGGGAGAUCUUAUCCGUGAAGAUGUCGAGGGUUCUGAUCAGGACCUCGUCAGCAAUUUAGCCAAAGAUCGAGACAGGAAGCCCAAACCGGAGAAGCCGGAUCCCGAAAAGCUUCAGAUCAGUAGCAGAGAGCUCAACACGCAGCUCGUUCAGGGCAAGUCGCUCGAUGAGUAUUCGACAGCACGUGAGUACAGGAUGCGACUGCGCAAGGCAAACGUGCAGAUCCCAUUUUGAGCGCUCAUUGCAUCACUCAACUUUCACGCCGCAGCCACAAAUGCGCCUUCCCAUGGAUCUUCUGGCUACCAAUGGCGCAUGAUGAAGCUCAGAAGAGUGUACGAGACGGCAGAGGAGCAGAACAGACCCGUGGAAGAAGUCGCGUUGGAGAGGUAUGCUAGCAUGGCCGACUUCAACGAGGCUCGAGCGGAGAGGCAAUUCAUCGAAGAUCGGUCACAGACUCGCGGUGCAGGGGACUCUGGCAGAAACACGCCCAACGCAGCGAGCGCCUCCAGAAAAGGCUUCAUGUUCAGCACACCGGGAGGAAGUGAAGGAGGAUCGAGGCCGAACAGUAGGGCUAGCUUCAGGAGACCUGGCGAAAGCAGCAAUCCUGGGACUCCAUCUGCACAACUGCCACCCCCCGUUUCGACACGGUUUCAGCAGCGCGGUUUCGAAAGUCCGGCAAAUGGUAGCAAGCCCGGCACACCCAUUCCAUCAGUCUUUACACCCACCGUGCCGCGUCGCUCGCAGCAAGAGCAGCAAGAGCAGCGCGCAGAUCAGAAUGACCUGCCAGCCGAUCAGGCCACUGCACCAUAUCAGAGAGCCGCAACGGCCGCAGAGUCCAGCAGCGAGACUGCGGCACCGCCUAUGGAUGCCACUGCGCUGAACAAACUAGAAGCGAAGGUGCUGCGAGCAGAGUUGACGGGUUCGUCUCAGGCCACCAGCUUGCGCGCCAAGCUCGAAAGAGAGAAGGCGAGGUCAGGUACGGGGGGUGAUAGAGGAGGAGGCUUUCCUACCGAUGCACAGCAUAUACGGCCCGACGCUGAUGAGGGCGCAACAGUACAGGUCCUUCCCACUUUGGACGCGCGCGGACGCUUAUAUGAUGUGGGAUCUGGUCAGGCUGCUCAAAAUCCCACGUCGAUUACGAGCGGCAAUCGCUUGGCAGAAAAGAACAAUCCUGAUCGCAAAAAGGUGCGCUGAGCGAGCUGGCGGUGGAUGGCGAAACCGACGGCACUAACUGAUCCACAAGCACCCUAUUCUCUUCGCAGUUCGAAUCUCAUGAUAAAAAGACGGGCGAGCGUCUGCGCUACAAUGCCGACGACGACGAAGUAACACUUGCUGAGCUGGUGCGGCAAGAACGAUUUGGAGCAGGCAGCUCUGAUCAGAAAGACAUGGACGCCGAGUUUGCUAAGCGCAUCAUGAAUGACUCGAACUUCAAGAACGACUUGGAUUACAUGGACGAGAAUGUAGAGAGAUUGGGAAGGAAAAAGAUGAAGACGGAUGCGAUGAAGAGGCAAUUUGCCAUACAGGACUUUGCCAAGACCAAGAAAGCAUUGGAUGCGUGUCAGUACUGUUGGCAGGAGGAGGGCGCGAAGCCUCCCCGAGCGCCAGUUGUCAGCAGCGGAACGCUCUGCUAUCUCGCUCUACCAGAGGGCGAGGCGUUGGUGGACGGCCACUGCUUCAUCGUUCCUAUGCAGCACUACCUCAGCUCGCUGGAAGCGGAUGAUGACACCUGGGACGAAAUCAAGAAUUUCAUGAAGUGUCUCAUGCAGAUGGCGCAUGCUCGCCAACAGUCCUACAUCUUUUGCGAGACAGUCAGAUCCAUCAAGCAUCAGCGACACACUGCCAUCGAAGCUAUCCCCGUUCCUCACGAUCUCUUCAGCGAGCUGCCCGCAUCGUUCAAGCAAGAAAUUUUGACCGUCGAUGAAGAAUGGUCCCAGAACAAAAAGCUCAUCGAAUUCACUUCUGCAAGACCUUUUCGCAAAUCUUUGGUGCCGAACCUACCUCACUUUGCCGUCAUGUGGGACUACAAGGGCGAAAAGGGAUAUGGACACAUCAUAGAAGAGGGCGAUUUGAUGGAAGGAGACGAGGACACGUACGGCUACAAGGGCGCAUCCAAGGGUGGCAACACUUUUCCCAAAUACUUCGCGGCCGAAAUCGUUGGUCAGCUGCUUGAUCUCGAGCCUAGGCAGUGGCGCAAACCUCGACGGCUGGACGCUCAUCAACAGACGCAAGCUAUUUCCGCAUUCAAGCAAAAGGGUUGGUCGGUCGUCGACUGGACUAAGAUGAUCGGCGUCCAACCAAAUUGA